UUAGAGGAGCGCUGAGCAGAGCUGACAUUCAAAGGCAAAACCAACGGAGACCAGGUGACAAUCUGCACUGAUCUGAACAACAAAAAAUUUACAACUCAGAAAGUAAUCUGCUCUAGCUGCAGUUAUUAGAAUCAGGAUUACUCCAAGGCAAUUGGGGGGAAAGUUUAGAGACAUAAGGAAAAGAAGAGCAGUGCAUUUGACAGUGUGUAAAAGUUUAGGAAAUGUUGACCAAGGUGGUCUUAGCUUCAUGUGUGGUGCUGUGGAUCAGCUCUUGCGCCGUCAACUCGGCUGAGGAUCUCAUGACCAGAGCUUUAAGGCUGAUGUCUGAGACGUCGCUCAUCCAUGGGUAAGAGAAUACCUCUUUUACAUCAGAUAAGAGGUGCUUCGCAUGUUAUCUGCUGUUUUCCAUAUGAGCAACAGCAGUAAACAUUCUGCUGUCAGUUGAGAACGUAAGAUGAGGAAAAAGCCCUUUUACAGCCAUAAAUUUGUUAUUUGUAUUUUGUUUUACCUUAAGCAUAUUUUUUGUGUCACUAGGAUGUUUAUUUUGAAAGAUGUCUCAGGUAGGAACUAUUGUUCAGGUACUUGGUUCCGCCCGUGCGCUAAUUAGUGAUGUACGCCCUCAGCUCAGAGAAGCAUGACAUUUUUUACAGCCAGAAAAAUAAGUUGUUAAGAAAGGUUAAGACCUCAUUUCUACCUCAAGUUGUGGUCAACCAGCGAGUUCGACGGUGGUUCAACGUGGUUCAAUGUAGCAGAUGGUGGUCAAAGGUGCCUCAAGUGUCCCAUUGUGGCAUCUGCAACGCCGUGGUGUCAUUAAAAGAAUGAAUCCAUCAGUGAAAGAACUCUUUAUUGACUUUUAAGACUUUAAGAAGAGGUAGAAGUGAUAAGCCCUUUGUUCCUCUGACCUUUGCUAACUGAUGUAUUUCUUCAGCCAUAAUGACCUGCCCUGGCAGUUUCGAGCACAGUUCAACAAUGAGCUGAACAAAGUGGAUCUUCACACACUGUCAACAACACACACCAACAUCCCUAAGAUCAAGGAAGGACGGCUUGGUGCACAGUUCUGGUCAGCCUUUGUGCCAUGUGACAGUACAAAGAUGCUGUCAGACAAACGCUGGAGCAGAUAGAUGUGGUGGACAGGAUGUGUGAGAAAUACCCAUAAACCUUCAUGUUUGCCAGCAGUAGCAAAGAAAUCAGGGACGCCUUCGCAACGAACAAGGGAGCCAGUCUGAUCGGGGUGGAGGGCGGUCACUCCAUUGACAGCAGUCUGGGAACCCUGCGCACCAUGUACCAGCUGGGGGUCCGAUACCUCACACUCACACACUCCUGCAACACACCCUGUGAGUACUACGUGACCAUGGUGAAAUGGGCCACCACCAGCAAACUGGCCAUCGACUGGCCGAACAGAGCGCAGAACAUCUCUAUACUGACGCUGUGCGAGGAACACACAACGGGAGUCUGCACCAAGAAACAUGAGGAUGAAAGUGAAGGGUGGCUUCACAGGCAGAAUGAGAAGCCUCUGUUCUCCAAAGAUGGGCUGAAGCUGUUCUUCACACGAGCCAUCCCUCAAGGCGAGCGAGGCAAAUUCUUUCACAUCUCCAUGUCCAUUUCCCAGCCCAACACCAGUACAGACACACUGCAGUCCAUCACAUCCGGAGACUGGUAUGUUACUCAGGUCCUGGCCUACAACGAAGACAGCCAACCGAUAUACUUCCUGAGCACUGAGGAUGGUCCAAAGCGGAGGCAUCUGUACAGUGCGGAUACAUUUGGUUCAUUCAGCUGUCGCUGUCUGUCCUGCGCUUUGUCCGACAGCUGUGGCUACAUCGGCGGCUCCUUCAGCCACAACAUGAGCUACUUCCUGCUCAAGUGCCAAGACAUGACUGUGAACACCGUCGACACCCACCUCAGGGAGAUGCUGCCUAAGAUCUCAAGGCUGCUUGGUCGUGGUCUUUCUGGCACGUACUCUUCCAAGAUGAGCGGGAACUUUAACACUGAUGGAAUGACACCAGGUCUAAGCCGACAAACUUCCAAUUCCUCCUCAACCCCAUAGUCUCUGGGAAACCUACAUGGAGUAAGAAAAGUAGACAGAGAAGUAAUUAAGUCUGUACACAACACAUUAAAAAGAAAUCAUGCUAAUAAAUUAAGUACAAAGAACCGAAUUUGCCAAUAUACUGGAGACAAGAGCUAUUUAAUUUGAUAAGUAUAACCUUGUUUAGUAACAUUUCAAUUAUUUGAGAGCAGUCCUAAAGAACUGCCUGUAAUCCCAAUCAUAAAAUGGGUUUGGAGGAAGAACAUAGAUGGUAAUCUGGUUAUACAUGAGUUAGGCUUUAUAACUACUAUUGGUAGUAUUGGUGGUAGUAAUAGCAAUGUGACUACUACUAGUAAUAGUGGUAGUACACUAACUACUGCUGCUGAUACUGGCACUGCUACUACAACUUGUAAUACUAUUACAAAUGCUGAUACUACUUCUACGACUCUAACAGCUGUUUAUACUACUACUGCUGCUUGUACUUUUAGUAUUACUAUUACUGCUUGUACAACUAUACUACAGUUACUAUUAAUCGUCAGGUAUUUUGUUGUCAAGCUGCUAGCUCGCGUUAGUGUUUUGCUAGUGGCUAACUAGUUAGCUCUCAUUGGAAGCUCUCAACAAGAUUUCAUAAUGAAGAAAGAGCCAAAAACUAUUCUUACAUAUGAAAAGUCAUUCCAAGUUUCAUUGUCUCAAUCGUACGACGUACUGUGUAAUUGUAAUUGAGACCGUGUCAGCAGUGCGCAAUUGCGCACACGUGCAGCUUAGACGGAACAGUGCUCACAACAUUACUGUCAGACGUCACAUGACCCCCACCAGGGCUCGCUCCCUGUUGCUGUGUGGUCACUUUCAACUGCGACACUUGUUUCGUGUCUUUGCUGUGUUCAACAAGUCUCUCAUGCACAUCAGUAACUGUCCAUUGUUGUAGUGGUUUACAUUUGAAUAUGAGGGAAAGCUCAGGGUCAGGACAGUGGCGUAUGAACAUAGCAGUCAGGUCUUGAGGCAGAUUAUCAAACGUCUUAUGCUGCCUCCUAAGGCAAUCCUCUGUCACUUCCAUGGCUCUAUUUAACCUUAGCCAGUAAUCAAAACAGUUUUCACCAGUCCUAGGCAAUGGGCAUAGAAGUCAGCUAAAGGUAUACUAGAAGAAACUCUGUCACUAAAGUGCUGCUUCAGUAUUUCAAAGAUGGGUUCUGGGCCCACAGACAAUGACAGUGAUGGCUGGCUACGUAUACCUACCCUAACCACCUCACGUGCCCUCCCCAUGAGUUUGCUGAGAACCUCCUCAGCUUGUUCUGCUACAGGAAUUCCCUUCUUUUUCAUGUAAGUUAUCAUCAGUGCUUCCCACUCUUGAACUGAAUGUAUGUCAUGACCAUCCCCUUUAAAGCUCACAGGCUCUCUAACAUCAGGCCUCAAUAUUACAUUCAACAGUGAAGAAUCUGCCAUUGCAUUUCCCACAGUCCCAACCAGGCUAGGCCCCGUCCCACAGCCUAAGUGAGAUUCAAUGCAAGAGGCUAUACUUUCACCUAUAGAGAGUCCAAUCUGUGAUGCUAUACCGGUCAGCAGUUUCUCAGUUUCAUUCCCAUCCUUUAAACUUUGAGUGUGUGAAUCACACUGGGGUGCGUCUUUAACAAUAUCAUCAUCAACCCUCAUGUUAUCAAAACUAGGUUUUGGAGUGGAUGACACCGGGGUAAACAAAACUCCUGCUCUGCCCCUUCCAAGUGAUGGUAUUGGGGUGAAACUCACAGAACCCCUCCCUCUACCAAAAACUGGGCUACUUUCCAUAUCUGGAAUCCUAAUUAAGCAAAGAAAGACAGAUAAACUAAGAAGCAAGACAAUAAAUUUGGGAAAAAAAACUUCAAAUUUCCUCAAUAACAAGGGAAACACCGUGGCUAAUCCCUCUUAGUCUCUCAUGAAAAAAAAACCUCAAAAAAACAAAAAUGAUGUCUUGCAUCAAAUAGAAAAUGGAAUCAGGGCUAAAAUAUCAAACAAAAUGGGCAAUUUACCUUAAGCACACUGUCAACAUUAAUUUGACCAAAACACACACUGGAAGAAAAAAAAUGCAAAAUUACCCUGUCCUUGUAACAAUAGCAACACAGAAAUGAGAUCAAAUACACUUUAGUCACAUUAGUCUUUUGCAGGACAAUACUGCCACCUUGUGGCUCAAAGCAGUUAUCCAAAGUUGUUUAAAUCAAUCCAACUGGACUUUAAGAAGGUUCCUUGAAGACGUUUCACCUCUCAUCCAAGAGGCUUCUUUAGUUCUGGUGGUGGUUGAUGUUGCCUCAGCUUAUAACCUCUGUGAGGUGUGGUCAGUGUUACACCCAGACAAACUAAUUACCUCCUCUCUGGCACGGCGAAAACUCUGAUGUGCGUCGCUCCUCCAAACGCCGUUGCUCCUCCCCUACGGCGUUGCGUAGCAACACAGUCUGCGGCGUAACCGUGGCGAGGAUGAUGAACCCCAACUCACUUCCCGCGCUUUUGUCCCGAUCGCGCGCCACAACAGCGUUCUUCCAGGAAGUAGACGGGUCCCGAUCCGCCGUGGUCACGUAGAGUAGCGGGUCACGGCACCAAUGUAACCAUGUACAGUGACACUCGGUCGCUGGUUGGUUGAAACCCCUCGACUCUGCGUUGUGUAUUUUUUUUGUUUGAAUAGAAAAGUCGGAAGGCCGUGUCUUCUUGUUUUGCCGAUUAUUUCUCGUGCACGCCUCUCUGGAACUGGCAAAAUACAGAGAUCCCUGGUCAGCAGGCUCACUCAUGCACGCCUCUCCGGAACUGACAGCAUGCAGAACCAUACAAUACAUCAUGGAACACUAUCAAGUUAAUAAAACAGAACAUAUACCUGGCAAAAUACAGAGAUCCCUGGUCAGCAGGCUCACUCAUGCACGCCUCUCCGGAACUAACAGCGUGCCACCAACGCCAGUCGCACACCACAGCUCCAGAGAGGGGCGCCACCGAGCCAACAACAAUAAAUACGAUCAAACUGCAGCAAGUGGAAUUAUUUAAUUACAUAUACACUGCUACAAGGUACAUAUCCUGUGGUAAGACUGCCACGAACCCGGUUUAAUUAUUUAUUAGCUACACAGUACAUUCUUGCAGCGCAGCUUACCGAUUCAUAUAUUUUAAAUCUGCUAUUCAGCGAACACUGAACUGAAGCUUGACUUUACGAAAUUGUGACGCAAAUCGUAUUGUAUAGUCAGAAAAAUGUCAACUAGGUAUUUCCCCAGAUUCUUCAGUCCUACUAAGAACUGGUUAAAUCUGUCAAAUCUGAUGGGGAAGAGAAAAGAAAAGGGAUCCUGGUUGGAGAAACUGUGAAGAAACAGUAUUUGGACAAACUAAGAUAAACAGCAUAGAUCCAUAUGAGAUUUCAGGCCAAACACAUCAAGGAUAAGGAUAAACUUUACUGAUCCCACAGUGUGGAAAGUUCACUGUUCUUUGUAAAACAUCUGGCGUUGGUUGGUUGGUUGGUUGGUUGGUUGGUUGGUUUAAAAGUUAUAAAUCUCUGGGAGCUAAUGACCAGUUGCGUAUGCCAGAAUUAUCAAAUUUGCUGAAUGUUUCUCAAAGUUCUGUAUUUCAAAUGGUUUAAUAUGGAAUGCUUACAUACUUUUGCAAGUGUGACUUCACUCUCACAGCUUGUCAUCUCAUGAAUUAGCAGAUCAGCUACUGCAAAACUAAGGAUUUGUGACUAAUAAACUCACAGAAAGUGGAAGCACAAAGUCUUAACACCCAGCAUGUGAGUAGAGGUAAUGUAUCAGAGUCUGUAAUCCAGUUUUCAGCUCCUACAUCAUAUAGAUCAAUGCUGCUAGUUGGCAUUGCAGUUCAGUGUCUCCCUGUAGGAUUCCUUAUCUUUCUCUAAUCCUUUCUCCAUUAGAUUUGACUGAUUUCAGCAACUUUUAGCCAAAGAAAACAAAAAAUACACAGGUAUAUAUGUUUUGUUGGUUUUAU